AAGCUAAAGAGGUGUCAAGGGGUGGAAUCCUAACAGCACUUACAAGGAUUCAUGAUGUCAGACUACAAUUGGUUUGAAGGAAUUCCUUUUCCUGCCAUAGCGUUUCAAAAAGAAAUUGUGGAAGAUGUCCGUAAUAAGUUUUUGGUGAAAGAUGAAGAUUUGUUCAUAUUGAGUUACCCCAAGUCAGGAACGAACUGGCUGAUUGUGAUUGUCUGCUUGAUUCAGACCAAGGGAGAUCCCAAGUGGAUCCAAUCUGUGCCCAUUUGGGACCGCUCACCUUGGAUAGAGUCUGAUGUAGGAUAUACUGAGGUAAUCAAUAAGGAAGGACCACGACUCAUGAGCUCCCAUCUUCCCAUCCAUCUUUUCCCCAAGACUUUCUUCAGUUCCAAGGCCAAGGUGAUCUAUAUCAUCAGAGAUCCCAGAGAUGUUCUUGUAUCUGGUUAUUUUUUCUGGAGAAAGACAAACCUUAUAAAGAAUCCAGACUCACUGGGAACUUAUUUUGAGUGGUUUCUCAAAGGAAAUGUCUUAUUUGGAUCAUGGUUUGAGCACAUCCGUGGCUGGCUAUCCAUGAGAGAAUGGGACAACUUCUUGGUACUGUACUAUGAAGACAUGAAAAAGGACACAAAGGGAACCAUAAAGAAGAUCUGUGAAUUCCUAGGGAAAAAAUUAGAAGAAGAUGAGCUGGAUCUGGUCCUCAAGUACAGCUCCUUCCAAGCCAUGAAAGAAAACAAAAUGUCCACUUUCAGUUUUGUCACGGAAGAUGUGGUUACUAAUGGCUUGAAGCUCAUGAGAAAAGGCAUAACUGGGGACUGGAAGAAUCACUUCACAGUAGCCCAAGCUGAAAUCUUCGAUAAAGUAUUCCAGGAGAAAAUGGCUGGUUUCCCUCCAAAGAUGUUCCCAUGGGAAUAAGUUUUCAAAACUUUUAAACAUUAUAUGAAUACUGAUGUUUAUGUUCCUGUUGUUCUAUAUCUGUAUAACUGAAUGUGGUCAUAGAAUAAAUUCUGUUGAGAAAUUGU